ACAGCCGCGGCGCAUGCGCACUGGCCUCACAACCUCGGGGCGGCACGCGGGUAGGUAGGCUACAGCCCAGAGGAGGGGGAGCCGAACGAGCUGGUGGCUUUCUUCCCCUCCCCGCGCAGUGCGUGGGUCUGAGGGUCGUGGAGUGCGGAGCGCAGGGCUUGGCUUUGCCUCCCCUGCGCGUGUGAGUGCGGCGGGAGCCGUCCUGCGCGUCCACGAGUUGGAGGGGUAGCGGGCAUCUGUCCGGGCAUCGGGACGUGAGCUCGAGCCCCCCACCCCCAUCUUUAAACGGUCGCCCCCACGCAUACACUCCAGUCACCCGAGAGUUGGUCGCGCUCCGGCGCCUGCCUCCUCACGCCCCCCCUCCCACCGAUCCCUGUUCCCGCCGGGUGUACAGCCCACGCUUGAUGGAAAAAAUUCUCCAAAUGGCUGAAGGUAUUGAUAUUGGAGAGAUGCCUUCAUAUGACCUAGUACUGCCCAAACCUUCCAAAGGUCAAAAACGCCACCUCUCAACAUGUGAUGGUCAAAAUCCUCCUAAAAAGCAAGCCGGUUCCAAAUUCCAUGCGAGACCUCGUUUUGAGCCUGUACAUUUUGUAGCUAGUAGUUCAAAUGAUGAAAGACAGGAAGAUCCUUAUGGCCCUCAAACGAAAGAGGUAAAUGAACAAACACAUUUUUCCAGCAUGUCAAGAGACAUCUACCAAGAUUACACUCAAGACUCCUUCAGUAUACAAGAUGGAAAUUCUCAGUAUUGUGAUUCGUCAGGAUUUAUUUUCACAAAGGAGCAGCCUGUAACCGGCAGCAUGUGUUUUGACAGCGGCAGCCCUGCCCCAAGCAGCGCAUCACAGCAGGCGAACUCUCAGUCAGCUGCCGAGCCUUCACCGUCGCAGACGUUUCCCGAGUCAGUGGUAGCCGAGAAGCAGUAUUUUAUUGAAAAAUUAACAGCGACUAUCUGGAAGAACCUUUCCAAUCCAGAGAUGACUUCUGGGUCGGAUAAGAUUAAUUAUACCUAUAUGUUAACUCGCUGCAUUCAAGCAUGUAAGACAAAUCCUGAAUAUAUAUAUGCUCCUCUAAAAGAAAUCCCUCCUGCUGACAUCCCCAAAAAUAAAAAACUUCUAACAGAUGGUUACGCUUGUGAAGUUAGAUGCCAAAAUAUCUACUUAACUACAGGUUAUGCUGGCAGCAAGAAUGGGUCCAGGGAUCGAGCUACUGAGCUAGCUGUGAAACUCUUGCAGAAACGUAUUGAAGUUCGAGUUGUCCGGCGGAAAUUCAAGCACACAAUUGGAGAGGACCUUGUGGUGUGUCAGAUUGGCAUGCUUUCGUAUGAAUUUCCUCCAGCUCUGAAACCACUGGAAGACCUGGUGGUGCUAGGUAAAGAUGCUUCCGGGCAGCCAAUUUUUAAUGCUUCUGCCAAACACUGGACCAAUUUUGUCAUUACAGAAAAUGCAAAUGAUGCAAUUGGUAUUCUUAACAAUUCUGCCUCAUUCAACAAAAUGUCAGUUGAAUACAAAUAUGAGAUGAUGCCCAAUCGUACAUGGCGUUGUCAAGUGUUUUUGCAAGAUCACUGCUUAGCUGAAGGUUAUGGAACCAAGAAAACAAGUAAACAUGCAGCUGCUGAUGAGGCUUUGAAAAUUCUUCAGAAAACACAACCCACCUACCCAUCUGUCAAAAGUUCACAAUGCCAUACAGGCUCGUCACCCAGAGGGUCCGGAAAGAAGAAAGAUAUAAAGGAUCUUGUAGUGUAUGAGAAUUCUUCAAACCCCGUGUGCACACUGAAUGACACUGCUCAGUUUAACCGAAUGACAGUUGAAUACGUCUAUGAAAGGAUGACAGGCCUCCGCUGGAAGUGCAAGGUGAUUCUAGAGAGUGAAGUAAUUGCAGAAGCAGUUGGAGUCAAGAAAACUGUCAAAUAUGAAGCUGCUGGAGAAGCUGUGAAAACCCUUAAAAAGACCCAGCCAACUGUCAUUAACAACUUGAAGAAAGGAACUGUUGAAGAUGUGAUUUCACGAAAUGAAAUUCAAGGCCGCUCAGCAGAGGAAGCUUACAAGCAACAAAUCAAAGAAGAUAACAUAGGAAAUCAGCUGCUGAGAAAGAUGGGUUGGACGGGUGGUGGCUUAGGUAAAUCCGGUGAGGGUAUCCGGGAGCCUAUCUCAGUCAAAGAGCAGCAUAAACGGGAAGGCCUUGGUCUUGACGUAGAGAGGGUCAAUAAAAUUGCCAAGAGAGAUAUUGAACAGAUCAUCAGAAACUAUGCCCGCUCCGAGAGCCACACGGAUUUGACUUUCUCUACAGAACUGACUAAUGACGAACGGAAACAGAUACAUCAGAUUGCCCAGAAGUAUGGUCUUAAGAGUAAGUCGCAUGGGGUGGGCCAUGAUAGGUACCUGGUGGUAGGGAGAAAAAGACGGAAGGAAGACCUGUUAGAUCAACUCAAACAGGAAGGCCAGGUGGGGCAUUAUGAACUUGUUAUGCCUCAAGCAAAUUGAAAGCUUAACUAAUUUAUUUUGUAAAUGCCUACGAGGCAGAUUUGUGAAUUAAAGAAAUGCUACAUGUUCUGGUUGCAGACUAUAUUCAUUCUUAAGAUGUUUCACCUUGUUCAUUUCAUAAUAGUGCUUUAUUAUUAGAUAUUGGAAUCCGAAGAGUUCUGUUCACUUGUAUUAGCUUAACCCAGCAGAUAAUAAUUGUGCAGUUUACUGUUGUGUCUUUGAUAUUGCUGUGUCCCUCAAGAUUUUAGUAGUUUGUUUAAGCAAGAAUACAUAUCCAAGUGGAAUUUCACCCUGGUAAAGAAAUUCUCAUUUUAAAAGGCAUAGCACAGCAAUCUGCAACAAUAUGUAAAGUUGAUAUUAACCACCAUAAACUGCAGUUUUAUUUCCAGACUUAUUGAAAAUGUCAGAUCAUUUUGUAUUAUCAAUCUUCAUCUAUGUGUGAAUGUUUAACAAUAAAUCGUGCUGUAUGUGUAAAUGUCCUUACAAAGUGAUGUAAAAUUUUUCUUAAAGUAAUUUUAGUGUUCAUUUAUUUAUAACUUCUACCAUGUGAUUUCCAGAAUAUUGGAAGUAAUUUACUGUAUCUUGUGAUAUAUGAGUUUUAACAAAUUCUAGUCUUCAUGCUGAGAGAGCACUACUUGAGAGAGCAAUUGAAAAGUUUCACAAACUGACUCAGUCUGAAGAAAGGAAGCUUGAACUGUUCUUGGUGCCUUGCAGAGAGACUCACAGCAACUCUCCAUUUUAGCUUUCACACGGUUUGGAUGUACAGCACAUCCAAGACAACCACAGCUGUGGUAGAGCUUGGUAAAAGACUGAGGAUCCAUUGGUGCUUUGAUGAAAAGGUCAGUUGGCUGGUUCCUCUCUCAAAAAGCUUGUUAAGCCCGAAAAGCCAACUUUGUAACAUACUUAAAACUGCUAUUUUCGCUUAUUUCUGGAAUGUAAAAAAUGUAUAAAAAGACUUAGUGUAUGCUUCCUGAAUAAAAAGGAGCCAAUGUUGAUCAA